UGAUCAUACACUUCUUACAGGGGUUCAGAAACUUGUCAGCUCGCGAGCCCCAAAAUAAGGUGACCCCAGACUGGGACCCUCCCGCUGUCCCUGGAGAUGGUAAAAGCACAUUUUUGUGCACAGCUGCGCGCACACACUCUUGUGGGCCCACCAAACACUGGCAACACAAGAGAACAAUCCAAUACAGCCGCCCCACAACUCCAAUACUUUGCAUUUCCAUGUGUUCAUAGCAGCAGACACCUAUAAUGUCGCUGUCAUGCUUUUGUCCAGAUAUGUGUUUUACUUAAGGUCUGCAAAACCAAGGUUCCCCUUCAUUUCCACUGUUCUUUAGCCUUGCAAUGUGAGAAUACCAAUUAUGAAACUGCAAUAUCCAAAAAAAAUCGCCUUGUAGUUUAGUUUUCUGUUUUUUUUAUUCAUAUAAUUACGAAAGGUAAGUUGUUAGAUUUUUACAACAUACUUCCAUACCUUGUUGUUACGUUUGACCGUCCAAACAAGGGUAUUCGCUGUCAUUUCCGACAGCACGUAAAGGCACCCGUAGACGCUUCUAUUUACCAUCCACAUCCAGUUGCAGCUAGCUUCACCAAACAGACUUUUGUCGUAGUUGCGUUUAUGAUAUGAAAGGGGAAUUUUGGAUUAGUCCAGAAUCUACGAAUCCGUCGGGCCAAACCAGCCAUGCAUUUCAAAUAAGCUCUUUGAUUUCAGACAUGUAAAAGAAUUAACAACGCAAGGUAAAUAUCAGGAAGCUAACAGGUAGCAGCUGGACACAGGUAGGUUAUAGGUUUUUUAAACCUCACUAGUUGUGUGAGAAUGGACAAGUUCGUAGUCAGGCUGUCAAAGGGGGAAUCACCGAAAAAAGCAAAAAGCAACGAAAAGGUCUACAAACAAACUACUAUUGAGUCUUUACGGAGGGUUGUUGUUAUUGAGGAUAUCAUGCGCUGUAAGUCCAUGUUGGAGCUGCCUGAGCAGAACAAAGACAACCUGCUGACAGCCCUGACAGAGCUGAGCAAGAAGAUCCCAUCCAAGGAGGUGCUCAAGUCCACCAAGAUAGGUCACACGGUCAACAAAAUGCGAAAGCAUCCGGACCCUGAGGUGUCUUCAUUUGCAGCAAAAGUUUACACAGACUGGAGGACAUUCAUUGAGGAGAAUUCCAAUAAGCCGUCUAUUGAGGUGCGCUCCGACAAACAAUCUGAAGGACUCCGGAGCAACGCAAGAAGACUGAUGUCUGAAGCUCUGGAGGUCAAGGAAGAAUCUGGACUUAUAGACAACAUCGAGAGGGAAGUGUUUCAUCAGAGCUCCCGGUUGGUCAGCAGCUCAUACAGGCGGACUAUUCGAGCACUGGUGUUUGCCUUCAAACACAACCCUGAAAUCAGAAGUCAAGUGAAGGACAACACACUAACAGUCAACCAGCUGGUGUCCAAAUACAAGAAAUAGCUGAUAAUGAAACAGUCCGAGCCUCAAACGACACAAAGAAGACCAUGUUUUACUUGAAAAGUUCAGUUUUUUUUUUUUUUAUUCAAAACAGGUUUUUUUAAAACUUUUUUUAAAAUUCUCACUUAAAAUAUAAAGAAAAUAUAAAAUAUAUUUACAAUUGAUGGCACAUCAGAAAGUUAACACUGUUUUUAAACAUGCAUGUUAAUCGAGCUCACUAGUAUGAAAAAAAAAGUUGAUGUGGAUUAUAAUGCCAUUCUUUGGAACUUGAAUCAUGAACUUUUUAGUUCUUGUAAAAAGUCUUUUAUAUUGUUGGUGAACAUUUUUAUACAAAAUAUGACAAAUUCAG